AUUGGUGCUGUAAUCGGGAUCAUAGGAAACCUUACCAUUAUCUUUUUCUACUUUUUUCGCAUCAGAGAGAGAGGGGAGCGUUACUUUAUUCCGUUAUUGGCCAUUGUUGAUCUUGUGGCAUGUUUGACAAUCCCCCCUCUCUACAUUAUGGACAAUAUCUUUCUCUUCAAUUACCCAAGUGAUACUGUUUGUCGAAUUCUUUCGUUUCUUCAGAUGUGUGUUCCUGGAGCGUCGGCUCAUGUACUUGUGGUAAUAUCUUUACAAAGGUACCUUUUGGUUUGCAAACCAUUCGGUCCUAAAAUGACUUUAUUUUGGAAAAGAGUUUUCUUUGGAAUAGCAUGUGGAAUUGCUAUUGCAUAUUCUGUCCCGGUGCUACGAACUUCGGGGGUUUUAAGGAAGGUUGAUAAGUUUAUGAAUCACACCGUUACUAUAGAAAUAUGUAAAUUUUCCGUUGACACUUCACCAGUAUUAACCGUGUAUUUUGGACUUUUAUUCCUUAUAAUACUGGCAAACAUUGGGAUAACGACUGGACUCUAUGUGCCCGUUUUGAGACAGGUUCAGCUUUCUUUUCGUCGGAAAAUAAAAGUGAGAAGCACGCAAAAUGACUUUAACUUUCCUUUGCAUACCAAAUCUUCACAGAUAACACAAUUAACUGAACUUGACAAAGGAAAUUGUGGAAUUGAUGGCACAGAAUUACAAAGAGUUAAUGUGUCAAUCGAAGAAAAUGAACCACACAAACAUGAACACAUUGCAGAAACUUUAGAAGAAACAUCAGACAUCAACACACAGGAGGAAAUCAAAGUUCAAAACCCUGAUGGCACAGUGAAAUGCAAACAGGCGCGUCCUAAAGAUGGAUCCGUGCAGACAAGAAUCACAAAAAUGUUUCUUGUCAUAAUAAUUGCUUAUGUAUUGGCUUAUAUUCCACCGCUUGUAAUUUUGAUUCUUAUUUAUGCUAUUAAAGAUUUUAAUUAUAUCACUCUGUCAGAAUCUGAAACACUAGCCUGGCUUUAUUUUGGACGGUUUAUUUUUAUGAAUAAUAUUGUGAAUCCCUUUAUCUAUGGCUACUUUGAUACAAAAUUUCGGAAACAAAUACAGUUAUACUUUAAACAAUGUAAACGAAAAUGCUUUUGUAUUGAAUGAUUUUGCUCAAAUUAUUCAACAUGCUUUGGGUUUUGGUAGCCAAAAAAUAGAAACCACUUUUACUCUAUUAAAUGUGAAUUUGAACACUUAGCUUAAUUACAGUAAAAUGUCAUUCACAUGAGGUCGUGGUAACGUAUAUGACGUUAUAAAAUAUGAAUCACAGCAUGAAUUAACCCUCAGAAUUUCUGUUAAUAAGCCGUUAUAAGCUUCAUUAGAGGGAUAUAUACCCCCUCUUUAUAUAAAUACACCAUUUGCUGGCGGAGAACGCAAAUUUUGUCCUAUACUCGACACUUAAUGCCAUUGAGCAGGAAGGGAUCUUUUUCGUGCCAGCACCCACUGCGACACGGGACCUCGGUUUAUAUGGUCUCACCCGAAGGACGGGUCUCCACGCCCCACCAGAAGGAUCAACUCCUUAUGCAAGUUGCAUGAGAUGCAUGACUUGUAAAUUGUAAAUUUAAGGUUGAAAGUGUUCAUCUGAUGACUUUCUUUCUACGACUUUUUCAAUGCACAUGUAUACUAUACUACAGUUUAAACAAGAUAUAUCAUACAUGUAGCAUGGAAUGUCCAAUCGUCUCAGUUUGUUUUAAGGAGAACAUCUUUGUGCAAUUCAUUUUUAUACGCCAUUAUUGAAUUACUGCAUUCAACUAAAGAUGGUAAUGCUUUUUACUAAUUGAAUAAUUUUAAGCUAAAAAUUAAAAUUAAUUUCAAUGUGAUUUAUUUGUUUUGUAAAUAUUUUGCCCUUUAAAAAGUAACAAUAAUGGAAAACAAAUGACUACAUUUUGUUUUUGAUGUGCAGAUGUAAAUUCCAUUCCAAUAUACACUAGUCAAAAUUUCUAAGUCCCCAGGGAAGUUUUUGCUUUACACCGCUCUUAUAUUGAAUUAUUUUAACAGUAUAAUUUAAGAAGCAUACAGGAUUAAAAAGUAGCAAAACAAUUUUUCGCACUUAAUUUAUUUAUUGAAGCACUUUAACACAAUAUGCAGAAACGUUAAGGUACCCUAGAAUUAAAAAUUCACAACGUACAAUACUGCAUUAUCCUCCAUUCAAACGAAUUCACAGCAAGACAACCGUUACUAAAAGAGUUCACACUAUUUAAGAAAAAGUCUUUUAUUGAAUGUUUUUAUAUGUGGAGACUAGGUCGUCCUCUAGUUUCGCUAGAUUCUGCUGCUGGAAAAGCU